CACCUUCACAGAAGGCCAACUCGGGUGCGUCCACCGCACGGAAACACUCUGCACCUGACCGAGAGAAUCAAAGCCACGGCAGUCCCAGCGUGUUAUUGCCGCUGCACCACCGUUCCACCUCUUCUACACUCCUAAACGGCUAGCCACAAGUUCACAGCCCCUCCACACGCAGCAAAGAUCACAGAAACCACCAUCGUUUAGCCCCCACAGCUUCUCCCGCCGUGUUUCUCCUGCCGUCAGCAUACCCGUUGCACCGUAGCCCCACCGUGCGCCACCCAACUCAGCCCGUGUGUCCCCUGUUUUUCCAUACCCAAAACCGAGCAAGUGCCCCCCACCGUGAGCCUCUGUUUAGCCAUGCACCCUCUGUCCCGCCCGAGCCAUUAUUUUCCAGCGUGAACAACCUAAAACCAGCCCCUGUUUUUAUAAAACCAAAACAGAGCAUCGUUCUCCUUCUCUCUCUCAUCUCCCUUUUCAUCUUCGUCUUCUCUCUCUCAUCUAUCUCUCCCUCGUGUUUAACCACCCAGAUCGGUGGUGUCUUCGCCGCAUCAUCACCUCAUCCCAGCAUCUGUCACGCCCUCCCAUGGUGCUGCUGUCUCUUUGUUCUUCCUUGGGUGAAACGGCCACUAACGGUCAGUUCAACCAUGCUUGAACACUUCGCACGACAUCAACCUUCAGUUCUUCGCAUCUCCAAUUCCCUUCAUUUCUCCCACAAUCUCAUUUAGGGUACCUAAAAGUGCCGCUCUGCAUCAACCUCGAGGGGUAAAAAAUGGUUCGUAGCAUCAAAAGCGCGAAGAAAAUCAAGACAAAGAGCAAGGUCUCGAGCAUAGGAGAUGGAUCUUCGUCUUCGAUACCAUCGAUGCCGGCAAAGGUGUGGCAACCAGGUGUGGAUAAAUUGGAUGAAGGCGAGGAGCUUGAGUGCGACCCCUCGACCUAUAAUUCCCUUCACGCCUUCCAUAUUGACUGGCCCUGUCUUAGCUUCGAUAUAGUACGUGAUACGCUGGGGUUGGUCCGAACGGAGUUCCCGCAAACAAUGUAUUUCAUUGCUGGUACUCAGGCAGAGGAUGCUUCCUUGAACUUUAUUGGAAUAUUUAAAAUGUCCAACAUAACAGGAAAAAGACGUGACCUAGUGCCUUCCGAACCUGUAGCUGGUAACUCUGAUAUGGAGAUUGACAAUAGUGAUAGUGACGAUGAUGAUGAUAAUGAGGAGCUUGGUGGGUCCGGGAGUCCGAGUUUGCAGUUGCACAAGGUAGCUCAUAAUGGAUGUGUAAACCGUAUACGAGCUAUGGCACAAAAUCCCCAUAUAUGUGCAUCUUGGGCAGCUAAUGGUUACGUGCAGGUAUGGGACUUCAGCUCUCAUCUGAAUGCUUUAGCAGAAUCAGAAACACAAGGUGCUCAGGGAGCUUCAUUAGUUAAGUUUGAGCACAAAGAUGAAGGCUAUGCUAUAGACUGGAACCCUAUUGUUCCAGGAAGGCUUGUAUCUGGGGACUGCAAGAAUUGUAUUUAUCUGUGGGAGCCUAGAUCUGAUGAGGCUUGGAAUGUUGAUACCAAACCAUUUAUUGGUCAUGCUGCGAGUGUCGAAGAUCUACAGUGGAGCCCUACAGAACCUCAUGUGUUUGCCUCUUGUUCUGUGGAUGGGACUAUUGCAAUAUGGGAUGUGCGUUUAGGGAAGUCAGCAGCAACAUCUUUCAAGGCUCAUAAUGCAGAUGUGAAUGUCAUAUCGUGGAACAGGCUGGCUAGCUGUAUGUUGGCAUCUGGAAGUGACGACGGGACAUUUUCUAUUCGUGAUCUCAGAUUGCUAAAGGAAGGAGAUUCUGUAGUGGCACAUUUUGAAUACCAUAAACACCCUAUCACAUCCAUUGAGUGGAGUCCACAUGAAGCCUCUACUUUGGCUGUUUCAUCAUCAGACAAUCAGCUAACAAUAUGGGACCUUUCCUUAGAAAAUGAUGAUGAAGAGGAUGCAGAGUUCAGAGCAAAAACAAAAGAGCAAGUAAAUGCCCCUGAAGAUCUACCUCCACAACUUCUAUUUGUUCAUCAGGGCCAGAAAGACUUGAAAGAAAUACAUUGGCAUUCACAGAUUCCAGGAAUGCUUGUAUCUACUGCAGCAGAUGGUUUUAACAUCCUGAUGCCUUCAAACAUACACACUACCCUCCCCUCCCCUCGGAUGGUGCUUGAAACUCGCAUAUGAUCCGUUGCUAGCAGAUUUUUUAAAUUUUAUAGUUUUAUUAAGGCCAAUAAAAAAAAAAAUAAUUAGUGUUUUCUAUCCAAUUUAUGCUUUUGCAUUUUCUGAUCAAGACAAGGGUGACUCGCAACAGCAAGGCCCCGUUUGGUUAUAAUAUUUAGUAAAUUUUUGAUUUGACAUAAAAGUUCAAAUGAAUAUUGUGAAAGGUAGAAUUUAUCAUA